AUGGGGACUGCCUCGUCUCUCGUGAGCCCUGCGGGUGGGGAGGUGAUCGAGGACACGUACGGGGCGGGCGGCGGCGAGGCCUGCGAGAUCCCGGUGGAGGUGAAGCCCAAGGCCCGCCUGCUGCGCAACUCUUUCCGCCGGGGCGCCGGGGCGGCAGCAGGGGCCGGGCCUGGGUCGCUGUCUCGCGGGGCGGGUGGAGGCGGCCUACUGGGGGCCAGCUUCAAGUCCACCGGCUCGUCGGUGCCCGAGCUGGAGUACGCGGCGGCCGAGUACGAGCGGCUGAAGAAGGAGUACGAGAUCUUCCGGGUCAGCAAGAACCAGGAGUUGCUGUCCAUGGGCCGUCGCGAGGCCAAGCUGGACACGGAGAACAAGAGGCUGCGGGCCGAGCUGCAGGCACUUCAAAAAACUUACCAGAAGAUACUUCGGGAAAAAGAAAGUGCUUUAGAAGCAAAAUAUCAAGCAAUGGAGAGAGCAGCUACAUUUGAACGUGAUAGAGAUAAAGUUAAAAGGCAAUUCAAGAUAUUUAGGGAGACCAAAGAGAAUGAAAUUCAGGACUUACUGAGGGCCAAGCGAGAGUUGGAGAGCAAACUUCAGAGGCUACAGGCUCAGGGGAUCCAAGUAUUUGAUCCUGGGGAGUCUGAUUCAGAUGACAACUGUACAGACAUUACUGCUGCUGGAACCCAGUGUGAAUAUUGGGCUGGUGGAGCCUUGGGAAGUGAGCCUUCCAUAGGGAGCAUGAUGCAGCUUCAGCAGUCCUUCCGAGGCCCUGAGUUCGCCCAUAGUUCUAUAGACGUAGAAGGACCCUUUGCAAACGUCAACAGAGAUGACUGGGAUAUUGCUGUAGCUAGUUUAUUACAAGUUACUCCCCUGUUUUCACAUUCUCUAUGGAGUAACACUGUCAGGUGUUACCUUAUUUAUACAGAUGAAACCCAGCCUGAAAUGGAGCUUUUCCUUAAGGACUAUUCACCUAAACUUAAAAGAAUGUGUGAAACAAUGGGAUAUUUUUUCCACACUGUGUAUUUUCCAAUAGAAAUUUAUGAUCAAUACCUUGCUGUAAGAAAAUGGGAAAUCGAGAAGAGUUCAUUAGUUAUUUUAUUCAUUCAUUUAACUAUACCAAGCCUUUUAUUGGAAGACUGUGAAGAAGCUUUUCUGAAAAACCCUGAAGGAAAGCCACGAUUAAUUUAUCAUCGUCUAGAGGAUGGGAAAGUCAGUUCUGAUUCUGUCCAGCAAUUGAUUGGUCAAGUUUCUCACCUAAACAAGACCAGCAAAGUCAAGAUCAUUGAUCACUCAGGAGAUCCUGCGGAAGGAGUAUAUAAAAUUUAUAUUUAUGUGGAAAAGAUUAUUAAACAGGACAUACUGGGCUUUGAGAACACAGACCUGGAGUCUAAGGAUUUGGGCAGUGAAGAUUCCAUUCCAGAAGAAGAUGAUUUUGGUGAUGUUCUAUGGGACAUACAUGAUGAACAAGAGCAAAUGGAAACUUUCCAACAAGCUUGUCAUUCAGCCCAUGAGUUGGGAUUUGAGAAAUAUUACCAGCGCCUUAAUGAUCUAGUGGCAGCACCAGCACCAAUUCCACCCCUUCUUGUAUCUGGAGGACCAGGUUCUGGAAAGUCCCAUCUUUUAUCAAAGUGGAUUCAGUUACAACAGAAGAAUUCCCCUAACACACUAAUUCUUUCUCAUUUUGUGGGGAGACCUAUGUCAACCAGCUCAGAGUCUUCCUUGAUUAUUAAACGGCUAACAUUGAAGUUGAUGCAGCACUCUUGGUCAGUAUCUGCUUUGACACUGGAUCCUGCUAAGCUUCUGGAAGAAUUUCCACGUUGGCUAGAAAAACUCUCUGCUCGUCAUCAAGGCAGCAUCAUCAUCAUUAUUGAUUCUAUAGAUCAAGUUCAGCAAGUUGAAAAACAUAUGAAAUGGCUGCUAGACCCACUGCCAGUGAAUGUAAGAGUCAUUGUGUCUGUGAAUGUACAAACAUGCCCUCCAGCGUGGAGGUUGUGGCCUACACUUCAUCUUGAUCCUUUAAACCCAAAAGAUGCAAAAUCUAUUAUAGUUGCAGAAUGCCACUCUGUAGACAUUCAGUUGAGUAAAGAGCAGGAAAAGAAGCUAGAACGACACUGUCGUUCUGCUACCACCUGCAAUGCCCUUUAUGUCACCCUUUUCGGCAAAGUCAUUGCACGUGCUGGGAGAGCAGGCAAUUUAGAUAAAAUCCUGCAUCAGUGUUUCCAGUGUCAAGAUACCAUUUCAUUAUAUAGACUUGUCCUGCAGUCUCUCCAGGAGUCCAUGGGGAAUGAUAUGGAUAAAGAACUGAUGAAAGAGGUUCUCUGCCUUGUCAAUGUCAGUCACAAUGGUGUGAGCGAAUCAGAACUGAUGGAGCUUCAUCCCGAGGUGUCCUGGGCUGCCUUGACUUCCCUUAUUCACAAUUUACACAAGAUGAGUUUGUUGACUUAUGGUUGUGGCUUGCUUAAGUUUCAACAUCUACAGGCUUGGGAAACAGUAAGAUUGGAGUAUAUGGAAGGUCCAACCAUUAUUUCUUCAUAUAGGCAAAAGCUAAUCAAAUAUUUUACCUUGCAGCUGAGUCAGGACAGAGUGACUUGGAGAAGUGCAGAUGAACUUCCUUGGCUUUUUCAGCAGCAGGGAAGUAAGCAGAAGUUACACGAUUGCCUUCUCAAUCUCUUUGUGUCUCAAAACCUCUAUAAAAGAGGACACUUUGCUGAGUUGCUGGGUUAUUGGCAGUUUGUUGGCAAAGACAAAAGUGCGAUGGCAACAGAAUAUUUUGAUUCCUUGAAGCGGUAUGAGAAAAACUGUGAAGGUGAAGAGAACAUGAUUUGCUUAGCUGAUCUUUAUGAAACCCUGGGGCGAUUUCUCAAGGAUCUAGGCCUUCUCAGUCAGGCUGUGGUACCUUUGCAGAGGUCUCUAGAAAUUCGAGAAACAGCUUUAGAUCCAGAUCAUCCAAGAGUAGCUCAGUCUCUCCACCAACUAGCAAGUGUGUAUGUGCAGUGGAAGAAGUUUGGCAAUGCAGAACAGCUAUACAAGCAGGCAUUGGAAAUCUCAGAAAAUGCUUAUGGUGUGGACCAUCCACAUAUUGCUCGUGAACUUGAGGCACUUGCAACUUUGUACCAGAAACAAAAUAAAUAUGAACAAGCUGAACAUUUUAGGAAAAAAUCCUUUAAAAUUCGCCAGAAAGCUACAAAGAGAAAAGGCAACUUGUAUGGAUUUGCCCUUUUACGUCGACGAGCCCUGCAGUUAGAGGAGCUCACGUUAGGUAAGGACACACCUGAUAAUGCUCGGACCCUCAAUGAACUGGGUGUUCUCUACUAUCUUCAAAAUAACCUGGACACAGCUGACCAGUUUCUGAAGCGUUCCUUAGAAAUGAGGGAGCGAGUUCUAGGGCCAGACCACCCUGACUGUGCCCAGUCCUUGAAUAAUCUGGCAGCUCUGUGCAAUGAAAAGAAACAGUAUGAUAAAGCAGAAGAACUUUAUGAAAGAGCUUUAGACAUUCGGAGACGAGCAUUAGCACCCGAUCACCCUUCUUUGGCUUACACGGUGAAGCACCUUGCAAUCUUGUAUAAGAAAAUGGGGAAACUUGACAAGGCUGUACCUUUGUAUGAGUUGGCUGUUGAAAUUCGACAGAAAUCCUUUGGCCCAAAGCACCCUAGUGUGGCUACUGCCUUGGUGAACUUAGCUGUUCUUUAUAGCCAAAUGAAAAAACACAUUGAAGCCUUGCCAUUAUAUGAAAGAGCAUUAAAGAUUUAUGAAGAUAGCCUGGGCCGGAUGCAUCCUCGAGUUGGAGAGACAUUAAAAAAUUUAGCUGUGCUUAGCUAUGAAGAAGGAGAUUUUGAAAAGGCAGCUGAACUAUACAAAAGGGCAAUGGAAAUAAAAGAAGCAGAAACAUCACUUUUGGGUGGAAAAGCUCCUUCACAGCGCUCAUCAAGUGGAGACACAUUUAGCUUAAAAACAAGCCACUCCCCUAAUGCUCUCCUUCAUCAAGGACAAAGGUAGUAGCAACAAUUUCAGUGCACCAUAGGAUAAACAAACAUUUGAACAUUAAAAUUUAAAACUUUUAAAAAAAGACUAUAUUUUUAUGAAAUUUUA